GGCCAUCGUGCGCGCUACAAAUCGGGUUGAGGCCCAGUCAUUCCAUGGGUGAGUGGGUGUCUUUUCCUUCCUUUCCUCUCAUCAUCCAUCCUACAAUAUAUAUAAGACAGCACGGCACGGCACGCUUCGCGCACUCCCACCACACUCGGACCGAAAAACAGACACUAUCUAUGCACAGGGGAGGGAGGGGAGUCCGUGAUCCGUCCGUCCGUCCGUCCGUCUGUCCAUGCGUCCAUGCAUCCUCGAUUGUGCCGUGCCGUGCUUUCUGCAGCCCGUCGGUCAGCUACAUCCGGUCGGCCUUGGUGAGGCGCUGGUCAAAGAUCGACCUGAGCGGCGCGAUGGAUGCAACACAAGACACACAAAAUGCACAGCACAACACAACAGCUGCUCGGUCGCUUUCUCCCUGUGUGUGUGGCUGCGGCAUCAAGUGUGUCCAAGUGGAUGGAUGCCCAACGUUCUCACAUUUUCUCGGUGGUCUGGUGGAUGAGUGUGAGGAUCUCAGGCGGCGGGUUUUUACCAAACGUCUCUGCACGCUUCCAGCGCUCCUCCUGCAACACACACACAAACACACACCACAGAGGCAAGACCGACGAAAACACAUACAAACAAGACUCAAUCCCUCGAGUACCCACCACUCACCCCUCUCCCUGCUGACCCGCGUGAGGCCCAUGCAUGGUCCAUACUUGGAGUCCAUGUCGAACUGCCGCAGCUGGUACUCCUCAUCGCUGCAGUCCCACCCAAACGGACUCGUCCCAUCGGCGCUCGGCACGGGAACAGGAUACACGCCCGGCGUGCUGGCCGCGGAGAAUAUGCCAGGGCCAGGAGUGCCCGCCGCCGUGCCCUUGGUGGUGGGAACCGGUCGGGAGGGCGUCGCAGUGGACGCCGAGCCGACGGAGGUCCGCGGCGAGGGCUUCUUGUCGGUCUUGCGGGAUAUGGCACUGCUCAUUGUGCGUCGACGAAUGGAUGGCGUAAGGUGUACCUGACAGACAGACAGGCAGGCAGACAGACAGACAGGGAUGACAAGCCUUAGGCGUACAUGCAGCUGGUGUGUGAGAAGUGGAUUCUCGCGCAUCCUCACCUCGAUUGCGAUAUGACAGGACCGUUCGGGAUGCAGAGAGAUGUGAAGCGAGGUAAGUGCGCUCAGG